AUGUUUACCAAGUCAACGAUUAGGACUGUUUUGAGGUCAUUGGCAACAAAGGCAAACACGUCGUCAGAAAAUUUUGCUAAAGUUCUCAACCCAAAAGUAUCGUUUGAUAAUCUUGAUGUGUUUGCUCGGAGACAUAUAGGGCCAACAUCCAAAGAGGUGCAAAAGAUGUUAUCUUCAUUGGGGUAUAAAGAUUUGGAUGAGUUUUUGUCAAAUGUUGUUCCAGAACAUGUGUUGAUCAAAAGAAAGUUAAGUGUGCAACCGGAAAAGGGUUUCACCGAAUCAGAAAUGUUGGAUCAUUUGCAUAAAUUAGCUAAUAAAAACAAAAUAAAGAAAUCCUUUAUUGGUAAAGGUUAUGCGGGGACACUUUUACCUCCUGUCAUCCAAAGAAACCUCCUUGAAUCGCCUGAAUGGUAUACUUCCUAUACUCCAUAUCAACCAGAAAUUUCCCAAGGAAGAUUAAAUUCAUUAUUAAAUUAUCAAACCAUGAUCUGUUCACUUACAGGAAUGGCAAUGGCUAAUGCCUCGUUGUUAGAUGAAGGUACUGCUGCUGGUGAAGCCAUGACUUUGUCAUACCACAACUCAAAAGACAAGAAAAAAAUCUAUGUGGUUGAUGCAAAUCUUCAUCCUCAAACUGUGGAUGUUAUAAAAUCCAGAGCCAAAAACAUCGGCGUUGAAAUUGUUGAAAUUCCUUUAGCCACUAAACAAGGGGUUGAAGAGUUAUCUGCAAUUGCCGACAACGUUUGUGGAGCAUUGGUUCAAUAUCCAGAUACCAAUGGGGAAAUAGUUGAUUUCACUGAAAUCGGUAACAUCUUGCAUUCUAACAAGGCCCUUUUUGCUAUGGCUACUGAUCUAUUGGCCUUGACGAUUCUUAAACCACCAAGUGAAUUUGGAGCUGAUAUUGCCUUGGGUACUUCUCAAAGAUUUGGUGUUCCAUUCGGUUAUGGUGGCCCACACGCUGCAUUUUUCGCUACAUCGUCUAAAUAUGCCAGAAAAAUCCCUGGAAGAAUAGUGGGUGUCUCGAAGGACAGAUUGGGCAACCCAGCUUUGCGUUUGGCAUUACAAACCAGAGAGCAACAUAUCAAAAGAGAGAAGGCCACUUCGAAUAUCUGUACUGCCCAAGCUUUAUUGGCAAAUAUUUCUGCCAACUAUGCAGUUUAUCAUGGUCCUCAGGGAUUGAAAAAUAUUGCCAACAGAGUUUAUGGUUUUACAACAUUAUUAGCUAACGAGAUCUCAAAAAAGCAUCAAUUGGUCAAUAAUAAAUGGUUCGAUACCUUGACUGUUAAGUUGAAUGGUGUUUCUUCAGAUGAAAUUUUAGCUAAAGCUUUGAAUGAAUACGAUAUCAACAUGUUUAGAGUUGACGAGUCCACGGUAUCAUUGCAAUUGGAUGAAACGGUUCAAAAACAAGACUUGAUCAAUUUAGUCAAUGUUUUCACUGGCCAAGAGAACUAUUCUCCAGAUGAAUUGCCAACUAUUCCUCAAGAAUUAUUAAGAUCCGAUGAAAUUUUGACACAUGAAGUUUUUAAUUCCCAUCAUUCAGAAACAGCCAUGUUGAGAUACUUGCACUCUUUGCAAAGAAUGGAUUUGUCAUUAGCUGAUAGCAUGAUCCCAUUGGGUUCUUGUACUAUGAAAUUGAACGCCACAGUGGAGAUGCAGACAUUGUCUAUUCCUGGAUUCAAUUCAAUUCACCCAUUUGCCCCAAUAGACCAAGCUCAAGGCUACAAAGAAUUGAUUGAUGAAUUUGAAAAAGACUUGAAUGAUAUUACCGGUUUCGAUGGUACUACUUCGAUGCCAAACUCUGGUGCUCAAGGUGAAUAUACUGGGUUGUCUUUAAUUAGAGAAUAUCAUAGAUCUCGCGGUGAGCACGAUCAAAGAAACAUUUGCUUGAUUCCAGUUAGUGCUCAUGGAACCAACCCAGCAUCAGCCGCCAUGUGUGGAUUGAAAGUUGUUCCCGUCAAAUGUUUAUCUAAUGGAUCCAUUGAUUUAGAAGAUUUAGAAGCAAAAGCAGCCAAAUAUGCCAAACAGUUGUGUUCAAUAAUGAUUACUUACCCAUCUACGUACGGUUUAUUUGAGCCAGGCGUUAAGAAAGCUAUUGAUAUUGUUCAUGCCAAUGGCGGUUUGGUUUACUUGGACGGUGCAAACAUGAAUGCCCAAGUCGGUUUAACUUCUCCGGGUGAUUUGGGUGCCGAUGUUUGUCAUUUGAAUAUUCACAAAACAUUUGCAUUAAGUCAUGGUGGUGGUGGUCCAGGUCAAGCACCAGUUUGUGUCAAAGAACACUUGAAACCAUUUUUGCCAAAGCAUCAUUUUGUCAAUACUCCACACUCCACUAGUGAAUCUAUUAAAGCCGUCAACUCAGCUCCUUAUGGUAGUGCAUCGGUUAUUCCUGUUUCGUAUUCGUACAUUAAAAUGUUGGGAGCACAAGCGUUGCCAUAUGUAUCUGCUAUUGCUAUGUUGAAUGCCAAUUAUAUUUUAACCAAAUUAGAACCACAUUAUAAGAUAUUGUUUGUUGACCGUAACGCCUCAUCUGAUAGUGGCACCAAACAUUGUGCACAUGAGUUUAUUCUUGAUUUACGUGAAUUCCAAAAGAUUGGCAUUGAAGCUAUUGAUGUGGCUAAAAGAUUGCAGGAUUAUGGAUUCCAUGCACCAACAAUGUCUUUCCCAGUUGCAGGAACUUUGAUGAUUGAGCCUACUGAAUCAGAAAAUUUAGGUGAAUUAGAUAGAUUUAUUGAUUCGUUGAUUUCAAUCAGAAGUGAAAUUGAGGCUUACAAAAAUAACGAACCAUUGGGUCAAGUCUUGAAAAAUGCCCCACAUUCGUUGGAGGAUAUUGUUAGCUCAGAAGAUUGGGAUGCGAGAGGUUACACCAGAGAACAAGCAGCUUACCCAUUGCCAUUUUUAAAGAAAAACAAGUGUUGGCCAACUGUUAGUCGUUUGAACGAUACUUAUGGUGAUUUGAAUUUAAUCUGUACAUGUCCUUCAGUUGAAGAAGUUGCUGCUGAAAAUUAG